CGGGGGUGUGGCUGAGAAGCCCUCCGGCAGACAAAACAAACAGUUUUUUCAUCACUGUCUGAGUUUGUUACUUCACAAUGGCUGAUGUUCAGGAAGAAGCGUCUCUUCAGAGACGGCCUUGGGACAAGAAGUUCCACAUUUAUGGAGGAUCCAUCUCCAACACACUCAUGGCAGAGUGCUGGGCUGAUCGGUCCCCCCUCCACGAAGCAGCUCUUCAGGGCAGGCUACUCCCCCUGAGGACUCUUAUUACACAGGGUUUUGAUGUGAACGUUGUCACCAUGGACGGCGUGUCUGCCCUGCAUGACGCCUGCCUGGGAGGCCACGCCGCUUGUGCCAGCCUGUUAGUCAGGAACGGGGCCAAAGUGAACGUGGUGACAGUUGACGGCGUCACGCCGUUGUUCAACGCCUGUGUCAGCGGCAGUGUGCGCUGUGUGGAGAUGCUGUUGGAGCAUUGCCCCUUUCCCCACCCUGAGUAUCUGGCGGCCUCUCCUAUCCAUGAGGCUGCAAAAAGAGGUCACAAAGAAUGUGUGGAGCUCUUACUUUCCAAAGGCGCGAACAUUGACUUGGAGAUUCCUCGCAUGGGAACCCCACUCUUCACCGCCUGCCUUUUUCAGAAGAUAGAUUGCAUCAAGAUGCUUCUGCAUCUUGGAGCCGAUGUGCAAAGGGGCAGAGGUCAGGAUACCCCGCUACAUGCUGCUGCUGCUGCCCAGGCUGACAGCACAGAGGUGGUUGAACUGCUCAUUGACUAUGGUGCAAAUGUCUGGAGCAGGAAUGCAGAUGGAAAAAGGCCCGUGGAACUGAUUCCAGCCAACGGCGCUGUGGAGAAAUCCCUCACGCUCAGAGAAGGCCCUUCAGCUCUCUCUCAGCUCUGUCGCCUCCGCGUGCGCCAACUCCUGGGCCCAGGGAGACUGCAUCUGGUGCCUAGUUUUCAGGUGCCCCGAUGUCUUAUUGACUUCCUCUGCUACAGAUGACUCUAAAUUCCCUGAGGGAAACAAGAAACACUGAACAGCUGAAUUUUAUAC